CUAACUCUUUGUUUUGAUUUUAGAACAAUGUCAAGGACCAGAAUGGAGGGUCACUGUAUUACCGACAUUGUAAAAGAACAAUGUCAAGGACCAGAAUGGAGCUUCACUGUAUUACCAACAUUGCAAAAGAACAAUGUCAAGGACCAGAAUGGAGCUUCACUGUAUUACCAACAUUGCAAAAGCUUUCUCCUUGGAGGUCACGUCCAUCCAGCUUAGCUCCUCCAGGGUUUCUACAUAUGCUGUCUGGAUCUUCCUGAUGAGGUCACUGACCUGUGAACAAAUAGAAGAGGUCUCCCGCACAUAAAGAGCUCCAACUGCAUUCUCCAUGCUGCUCUGGACGUAACGGACACAUUCCCGCCACCCAGCGUCCUCCACUGUGGUCCCGUACAGGACCUGAAGACACACAGUCACUAGAACAUGGAUUUUGCAGUCCCGCCAUGGUAACGAUAGAGCCUACCUUUCUGUAACGAGCCCUUGCAUCUUUGAAGCGGCGACUCAAGCUGUUCACUCUGUCGCUGACGAGCUGCCAGGGCUGGCGCUGACCUGACACUGUGUCUGGAGAGGACUUCAUUCAUCUUGUCAAGGUCCAACACAUGCAUCAUUUCCUCCCACACACGGUCGUCCUCCUGCGUCAAGUUUUUGUCCUCACGGGUUAUUUUAGCGAUGGAGACCAUGAAGUUCAGUGGUGGUGUUCCAAUCAUCAGAUGCCACUGGCCAGUUACCGUCUAUGAGCUUCAGGAGGGGCUGGGAGUCUCGCUGCUCUAUGAGGCCUGCAAGGAAGCACAAAACCUCAACACAAGGAGCUGUAGAGGAUUUUGGCCUUCUUGAUGGCUUCUCUGUCUUCUUCAUUCUCAGUCUCGAGAACACCUGGGAGCAGCAAACACCCGCUUUGCAUUUAAACUUGUCCCUCAGAAUGUCAAAGACGCUGUGGCGCGAGCUGGUCUCCGGGAUGAUGUGGCGCUCCAGCCAGCCCCCACAGGCGUACUGGUAGAAGUUAUCACAAGGCUUCACGGAUGGAUCCAUGUUCUGCAGGAGGCGGGACGCUUCAGCAGGAGAGGGGACGUCAAAAAUGACAGACGUGUAGAGGACCACGAGUCCGGCCAAGGCACAGCUGAGCAGCAGCAGGAGCACAGACAGACCGAUCUCUGCCACCGUCCAACGAUGUUUGCCAGGGUUGUGGGAGCUGCUGGGGCCUAUCUCAGCUGCAUUCGGGCCGAAGGGUUCCACUGACCACCAAGGAAGGACAUCUCGCUUGAGCAGAACGUGUGAGAGACAAAUGGACCCUCUGGGUUCCAACGCUUCGGCCAUCAGCUGUGGAAGAGUCGGAGCUGAAAACACCUCAUCUUCAGAAACGUCGUCAGAUUUGGAUGGCUUGAAGUCUUGUCUGGCAUCAAACACACAACAGAGAAGUGAACAGAAGAAGAUGCAAAAUCGAGUGACGUUUCAGACGGAGGAUGCGUGUGCAGAAGACUCUUCAUACAGGUGUCCUGUGCGUCCGUUACUUGGAUAUGACUGGAUCGCGGGAGUCCUGGAUGUGCAAAACACUUUAGCAGAAUACUCUGAUGAGUUCUACAAUGAACUGCAAUCGUUUCGAACAAGCAAUAAAAGCGAGUGCAUCCACCCGCCACAAUCUGACCUUGAAAUUUGCAUGGAUAAACACUCAAUCCUGCCGAUGCUUGCAGACACUGGCAGGCCAGAAGCUGACAAGCAAGUUCAUGAGUGUACAUUCUCUUACAAACUCAACAAAAGAUUGUUCCCCGUCUCGAUUCUCUCUCCGGAGUGUUGUCCUGUGUGCAAAAGAGAAAAAUCCUCACACCCGCACACCAUGGGUGAUCCAGCACUCGUCAGGGUCACCAUCCCUCGCUUUUCCGUCCUGCCUCCUUACAAGUACAAAAUACAUCGCCGCUGCAGCUUCGAUCCAUCUGACAGUUUGUUCUUACCGUCACACUGCAUUUUGGGCUGGCCUAACAGGGUUCACAGCUUCCUACUACCGCCAAGCAACGUGGACCUGCGCAGUCACCUCGUUAAGAAGAAGUUUACUCAGCUACAAGUUGGAGAACAAGAGGAUCAGGUGACCAAAGGCAAUCGCUCUGACCAGACACCAGCUGUCUGUCGUUUGGCUCGGUUCAACUUCCAGCACUUUACCCCAAAAGUAAAUUUAAGACGUGUAUCUUCCACCAAGAGCUGACAACAGACCUCCAACUGUUUUUUUGGGGGGGUUGUUUUUUCUAACAACACGAUUAUGGCAACUGUAAAGCCGUCAAACAUUCAUUGUGUUUCUUGUGUAUUUUUUUUGUCAAUCAAUGAAAGUCAUCGUGACUUUAAAUAAAUGCUGAAGUUGGAUCA